UGCGUGUCACCGAAAAUGUCCUGCUGCGGUGGCUUGAAGGAUACAAAGACUAUGGAGGAAACCAAGGAAACUGUCAUAAAGAAACAGAGCGACAUGAACGGAUACAGUACUGAGGUCAGUUUGCAGGGGGACACAGCUGCUGCAACAUCAGCAAAGACAGAGAAACCAUUCAGCUGUGACCAGUGUGAAAAAUCUUUCAGCCAGUCAUCGACUCUAAAGAGACACCAGCGUCUUCAUACUGGAGAAAAUCUGCAUAUUUGUGACCAGUGUGACAAAGUGUUUUACACAUUAUCUAAAUUAAAGUCACAUCAGCUUGUUCACAGUGGAGAUAAACCAUUCAUCUGUCACCAGUGUGGGAGAACUUUCAACCGGUCUUCACAUCUGAAAGCACAUGAACUAAACCACAGUGAAGGACAACCAUACACCUGUGACGAAUGUGGGACCACUUUCAGCCUGGCAUGUGGCCUAAAAUCCCACGUCCAAAUCCACCAUCAGAAAAAAACGUACACAUGUGACCAGUGUGAUGCAACAUUCUGUGUGAUAUUUGACUUGAAACAACACAAACUGACUCACAGUGAAGAUGAACUGUACACCUGUGAUCGAUGUGGGAAAGCUUUCAACCGUGCGUCUGACCUUAAAUCCCACCUGAGAAUCCACAUGAGGGUCAAACUACACAAAUGUGACCAGUGUGAUAGAGAUUUCUAUUCAUUAUCUGGUUUGAAACAACACCAACUUGUACACAGUGGAGAUAAACCACAUGUCUGUACCACAUGUGGGAGAGCUUUCAGCCUGCUAUCAACCCUAAAUUCACACCUGCUCAUCCACAGUGAAGAUAAACCGUAUACUUGUGACCAAUGUGGGAAGAGUUUCCGUCGUCCUACUUCAUUUAAGAAUCACCAGCGGAUCCACAGCAGAGACACAACGUACGCUUGUGACCAGUGUGGGAAGGUAUUGUAUUCACUGCGUUCACUGACGUCUCACCAGCGCAUCCACUCUGGAGAGAAACCGUACCACUGCCGAUUCUGUGACAAGAACUUCACAAGGUUAUCCUCAUGGAUAAUUCAUGAGCGUAUUCACACUGGAGAGAAACCAUACAGCUGUGACCAGUGUGACAAGAGUUUCAGUCAGAAGUAUGCCUAUGUGGUGCACAGACGUAUGCACACUGGCGAGAAACUCUAUCAGUGCCGGCACUGUGUGAAAAGUUUUGUUUCCCUUUCCAGACUCUCCAGACAUGAACGCACCCACACUGGGAACAAACAGUACUGGUGUGGAGAAUGUAAAAAAAGCUUCUCCAGCUUAGAUCACUGGAAAGCACCAGAAACGUCUAAAGAAAAGAAGAGAUGCUCCUCUAUGUGCAUCGUCAAACUAGACUGGUAGAAUGUUUUGGUGAUGUCCUCAGCCUGAGUUAACAGCUGCUCCAGGAAAGGAUUUAUUUAGCUCUGUUAGGUCACCGAAUGGAGCAUCCCCUUCUGAAUAAUUGACAUCUCAAGAAUUGGGGAGGAUGGAAACAAAAAGUGCUAAUGAACAACCUGUAAAUGAAGACAACACGGAGUACAGCCCACCUUUGCAGGUACAAGAUGUUGACGCUAAUGCUAACCUGUAUAGGAAAGAUGCUGUAAGCCUAGGUAAAGUUUUGGAGGACAAACAGGACUUUCACAAAGACAUUAACUAAUACCUUUGUGAUAUGUAUUAAGAGUGAGCCCUCCAAUGUUAGUUGAACAAUAACAGACACCUUGAAGUUGUAAAAGAUCACACUUAAAAUAUGGAGCAGGAGUUAAGAUGAUAAAACUCACAUAUAAAAUGAUAAACUGCUCAACCAACACGUGAGGUCCAGAUGGGAGAAGAUAAGAAUAUAUAAUGCUCUUGAAGAAGCAGUGGAAUUGACGAUUUUGUGGAAAAUUUAACGGGGAUACACUUGAACUUUCUCCCUGGAAGGGGCUUCUUGCACUAUUCACUCAUGUUGAAGCAUGAGACCGUGUUGAAGCAGAACAAGAUCUGCUUCCAGAAAGUUUUCUCCACCAAACUCUUGAUACUCUAUGAUGAGAAGUUGCAGUUGUAGCAGACUGGAGGAGGCGACUAUCAACCA